AUACAAGUAACGAAUUGCGUUGUUUUCAGAAAAAUAACAAAGAAGAAAUAAAAUAAUUAAAAAAAUCAGUAAUAAAGAGAUAUAAAUAGACAUAACAAGUGUUUUACAGCAGUUGGACGUAUUACUCAAAGGAAGCAAGUCAAGUCAAGAUGGAAAACGAUAAGAAGAAAAUCUUUAAUAAAGUCAAACAUGAUUUGGAGCAAUGGAGAGAAGUUCUACUGAUCUUAAACGGUAUCCUUAAAUGGGAUCAAAGCUUCUUUCCUGGAGUUAUUUUUGGCGUCAUUACAUUCCUAUUCAUCAUUUUAUGGUGGCUUGAUCUUUCAACAUUAACACUAAUUGCAUUCAUUACGAUGCUAAUCACUGUUUUGGAUUAUGGAUAUCCGCUCGUUUCUAAAUUCAUCUUCAAACCAGAAAAUUGGAGUGGUACACAAGAGAAAUUGUAUGAAAACGUCAUCCAAGAAAUCGUUGAUGUCAAAUUGUGCAUUGAAGGCUCAAUCUCGUCAUUCUUUAAUAGCCGUUCCGAAAGAUCCACUUUCUACUUGAUAACAGUAACUGCUGGAUCAAUUUUCCUAGCAUACAUCGGUUCCACAUUUAACAAUCUAUUCUUACUGUACUUGGUUGUACUCGUAUUCGCGAUGUAUCCAGGAUUAAAAGAAAAGGGCAUCGUUAAGUUGGUAUUGGAUCAGAUUAAAGCAGUCGUUGGUCCAUAUUUGAAGAAAAUACGACCUGACAAGACAACUACCGAAAAAUCAGACUAAAUAAGCUCUGAAGAUUCUAUUUUCUAAAUUAUUCACUUUUCGGCAAAAAAUCUGAUGCUAUUUUUAUAAUUGCAUAAUUGGCUUUUACGUCAAUGUUUAAUGUUAUGCUAAAUUGUAACGAGAAAAACAAAUUGUUUCUCUCUUGAUUUGCCUUCCUCGUUUUAUCUAAAUUCAAAAAGUAUUGAUUUUCAAACACAAUCCAAGAAGAUUUUCAAGCACAAAAGAAGCCAAAUCAUUUUGUUAUGUCAGACAACAAGAAAUAAUCGCAAAGUUACUGUAUUGCUUUAAAUUAAAUGAAAUGAUUCAUGAAAAAAAUAGUCACUAAUAUUAUACAUAGCAUUCUUUUUUGAUAAUGAAUACCAAAGGAUUAUUGAUAAUACUUAAAAUCAUACUCAGUAAAAAGUGUUUGUGCAGAGCAGAAAUCACCUACCGAUGCCUCUGUUUUAUGUCCCUGAAAAUUGUUUUUUAAAUCCUUAUUCUGACAAGUACAUUUUUAUAAUUAGUGAAUUUUAUAAAGCAAAUACCUAUAUAUGAACUUAUUUAUACACAUUCUAGAUUAAUUUUUAAAUGUUCUAGCAACUUGAAAUAUUGUAGAUGGAAUAACUUGGCUAGCCAUCGAACAAAUCGUACAUUUGUAACCGUGUGAUCAUUUCCACUAGAAUUAGAUUCCUUUUUUGGUUGUUCUCAAAUCUGUCCAAAAAUUCAUUUAUUUUUAAUUAUAUAUUUUUUAAGAUAAAUCGGUGAUUAGGAUGUAAGAAUUGUCAAAAUUUUAUGGAACUGCUUUUUUUCGUAAAGAUUUUGUUUUUUAUCGGUUAAAAGACAUUAAAUUAGGCAUUUUAAAAUGAUUAAUGCAGUGAUUUUCAAGCUAUUUGACUCUGGUUACACUAUACUAUUGUCGGCAAUGCUACAAGAUGGAUACAUACCAAAGAUAUUCAUUAACAUCGUCUAGACAAGAAAAUUUGAUUAUGCCAAAAAAUUGCUCUAGUUGAAGACAUGAAUGAAGUUUGGAACCAAAGAAGAACAUCAAAUGCUACAUGAGCAUAGCUUGAGAGGCACUGGAAUUAAUGUUUUUAUGAUUUUAUGAGUUGUGAUUUUUUAAUUAAAUAAUUAAAUAUUGUGUAAGUGAUAAAAAAGAAAUGUCAUAAGAAUUCUAUUCGUAGGGUGUAAGGCAAGCUAUUUUUUGGGAGCUUUUGGCUCUGUCUAAGUAAGAAAGAAUCGCUUUGAGAGAUUAAAAAAAGUUUAUAAGUCAGUCACAUUGAUAUUAUUGGUAAAAACGGACCAUAGGUUUAAUAAUGAUAGUUCAUUAAUUUUCAAACAGUUUAAGUUAUCGAAUGCAUUACUAGGUCAGUUUAAU